AGGUUUCGUGGUUUGUGGAUCGCUCUGUGCGCAUCCAUUGCAGUGGGGAGUCACACUGCGGCCCCUCGCUGCUGCCCGGUGCCGACUCUUUUUGCCGCUGCCGUUCUCAGGACUGUGAACAUGGUGCCGUCUCCCGUGCGCCCCGUUAUGGUAUCCUUAUUCUGCGGGCUUUUGUCUAUGGCUUCCCCAGGAACGACAGGCAGUAAACCCGGUCCGGAUUUAGAUAUACAUGCUUCACAGAACAACAUUGAACACGUUUCAAACAUCAUAGAAGAGAAACACAGUAUAUUGAUACCUGAUCUGACUUCGAAAGCCUUAAAGAAAAAUAUAACUAUUGACAAUCCAGUACGUUUGAGUCUUGAUUGUUAUUUGCUCGUUGACUUGAAAGAUUUCCAGAUGGGUGACGUGACCUGGAAGCAUGGAAAUGGAACACUGAGCAGAAACAGUUAUACUUAUAACAACACUGAGAAUACAUGGCACACUUCUUAUGAAUUCAUUGUAACAGACAACAGCAAGAUUGGAACCUAUACCUGCAUUUUCAACUCUACUGCAGAAGUUAGAGCAGAAUUUCAUAUAAAUGUACCCAAUGUUAGGAGUGAAAACAAGCCUCUUGUCAGCUAUAAGAAGGACACUAUUGUCAUGAAAUGUGACAGUGCAAAGUAUACGCCUGUGGAAUGGAUCUGGUAUCAUGUUAAUGGAAGUGAUCAGGUACAGCUAAAUUCCUCUUCUGCACCCAAUAAGUAUGAGAUUUGUCAAAAGAAACCCAACGAAACCAAGCUACACAUAUCAGACUUAUCUGAAGAAGAUGACGGAAUUUACAUCUGCAAAGCCGUUUUUAAAAUAGGAGAACAGCAUGGAGAAAUUCAGCUAACUAUCCUCAGCUACAUGGUGCCCCUUAAAGUUUUUCUUGCAAUAGCUGCAGAAGUUGUGAUCUUAGUAUCUGUUAUUUUCAUCUGUGAGGUGAAGACUAAAAAGAGACCAUGCCAAGCAGAUGGUAACAAUGACGCAGAGCAAACGACUCAGCUGAAGUCUGAAACCAGUAGUACUCUCGAAGCAAGCACUACAAGGCAACGCAAGUGAGCUCAUACCGUCUACAGCUGAACCCAACUCAACUUCAAUGUGCACAAAGCAAUAUCAAGUUCUACCUUCAAAACGUUGUCCAUUAAGUAAAGUGCUGGUAUGUUCUUGGGUGACCAAAUUCGCUCACUCUUUUCAAUAUGCUAAAAAGGGAAGUCCCAUGGAGAAAAGAUUUUCUUUUUUGAGCAUAUAGUACAGUGCUGUUGUCAGUCGUGUGAUAUUUUAGGUGACUUUCCCUGGUCAAACGCAACCCUGAGCUUAUUCUUUAUAUCAGUGCUAAUAAAAUAUGUUCCUCAUUGGUCAGAGUGUGAUUAAGACUAAGCCAUUCUAUUGUUUACCACAAGGAAGCAUAUUAAUGAGGUGAACUUUUGCCUAGAAGAUUGGGCUCAGAUAACAUAGCUAUAACACAUUCAAAUGGCUAA